AUGGCCCAUAAGGACACCCUCUUCCGCUCCGCGGGCAUGUCCCUGACCCAGCUCUACAUCUCCAACGAGAUCGGCCGCGAGGUUGUCUCCGCCCUAGGAGAACUGGGUGUCGUGCAGUUCCGAGACCUCAAUGCAAAUACCAACGCGUUCCAACGUACAUUCACCAAGGAAAUUCGUCGGUUGGACAACGUCGAACGACAACUGCGCUACUUCAAAUCCCAGAUGGAGAAGUCGAACAUCGGAAUGCGAAGUCACUGGGACUUUGAUCAAGACAUGCUAGCCGCGCCACAGGCCAGUGAAAUUGACGAGCUCGCCGAACGAGCGGAGAAUCUCGAACACCGGGUCAGCAGCUUGAACGAGAGUUAUGAAACAUUAAAGAAGAGAGAGGUCGAGUUAACAGAGUGGCGAUGGGUCCUCAAGGAGGCCGGGGGAUUUUUUGACCGUGCCCACGGCCAAACGGAUGAUAUUCGAGCGAGCGUCGACGAAGACGACGCUCCUCUCCUCCGCAACGCAGAGGCCGAGGAAGGCAGAGUCAACGGCGACGCCGGCCAUCAGCAGAGCUUUGCUGUGAUGAACAUCGGGUUCGUGGCGGGCGUAAUCCCGCGUGAGCGUCUGGCAGCCUUUGAAAGAAUCCUUUGGAGGACACUCCGUGGCAAUCUGUACAUGAAUCAGUCCGAGAUUCCUGAACCGAUCAUCAAUCCUGAGACGAACGAGGAGAUCAGGAAGAAUGUAUUCGUCAUCUUCGCACACGGCAAAGAAAUCAUUGCGAAAAUCCGAAAGAUUUCAGAAUCACUCGGGGCAGAUCUCUACAACGUGGACGAGAACGGCGACGUGCGGCGGGACCAGAUCCACGAAGUCAACACCCGGCUGAGUGACCUCGCCAGUGUUCUUCGCAAUACCAAGACUACUUUGGACGCCGAAUUGAACGCCAUUGCUCGCUCGUUGGCUGCAUGGCUGAUUGUGAUUAAAAAGGAGAAGGCGGUUUACAAUGCAUUGAACAUGUGCUCCUACGAUCAAGCGCGAAAGACUUUGAUUGCCGAAGCUUGGUGCCCUACCAAUUCCUUGCCCCAGAUUCGAGCUACACUCCAAGAUGUCAAUGAUCGUGCUGGACUAUCUGUACCCACCAUCGUCAAUCAGAUCAAGACCAACAAGACCCCACCGACCUAUAACAAGACGAACAAAUUCACGGAAGGGUUUCAGACCAUCAUCGACGCCUACGGCACUGCCAAGUAUCAGGAGGUCAAUCCAGGCCUCUAUACCAUCGUGACAUUCCCGUUCCUGUUCGCCGUCAUGUUUGGCGAUUUUGGACACGGAUGCUUGAUGGCCUUAGCUGCCGCUGCAAUGAUCUACUGGGAGAAGCCUUUGCAAAGAUCCAAGCAGGACGAACUCUUCGCAAUGGCCUUCUACGGCCGCUAUAUCAUGUUGAUGAUGGGUAUCUUCUCCAUGUACACCGGAUUGAUCUACAACGAUGUCUUCUCCAAGGGGUUCACCCCUUUCCCGUCUGCUUGGGAGUUUCCAGAGGAAGGACGCCCGGAAGUUACUGGUCACCUAAAGGGAAGCUAUCGAUAUCCAUUCGGCCUGGAUUGGGCUUGGCAUGGGACGGAGAAUGAAUUGCUGUUUAGCAACAGUCUGAAGAUGAAGUUGUCCAUUCUCAUGGGGUGGGCACAUAUGACGUAUGCCUUGUGCUUCUCCUACAUCAACGCCAGGCACUUCAAGUCUCCCGUCGACAUCUGGGGUAACUUUGUACCGGGCAUGAUCUUCUUCCAGAGCAUCUUUGGAUAUCUCAGUUUCUGCAUCGUCUACAAAUGGUCCAUCGACUGGCCCAGCCAAGGCCGAAAUCCACCUUCUUUGCUGAACAUGUUGAUCCAGAUGUUCCUGUCACCUGGCAACGUGGAGGAAGGCGAACAGCUCUACAGCGGGCAAGCUGGUGUUCAGGUUUUUCUGGUUCUGAUUGCUGUUCUCAACGUGCCAAUUCUCCUUUUGUUAAAACCUCUGUAUCUGCGUUGGCAGCACCAGAAGACCGCCGCCCAGGGGUAUCGUGGAAUUGGCGACACUAGCCUGGUCACUCAUGCCACGGAUCUAUCUGAUGAUGAGAACGUUGAGGGGCGACGAAUGAAUGGCCGGCCUAGUCAAGAGGAUGACGACGAGGGCGCCAUGAUCACCGAGAACAUCGGCGACGACGAGGAGCAUGAAGAAUUUGAAUUCUCAGAGGUCAUGAUCCAUCAAACGAUUCAUACGAUCGAGUUCUGCCUCAACUGCGUCUCCCAUACCGCGUCCUAUCUCCGUCUGUGGGCGCUUUCUCUCGCUCAUCAGCAACUUUCAGUCGUAUUAUGGAGCAUGACGCUUGGCAACGCCUUUGGCAUGACCGGUGGGUUGCAGGUGGUCAUGAUCGUCGUCACCUUCUACUUCUGGUUCGUCCUUACCAUUGCCGUGUUGUGCGUCAUGGAGGGCACAUCCGCCAUGUUGCACAGUCUACGUCUGCAUUGGGUCGAGGCCAUGAGUAAGCAUUUUGUCGGCGAGGGUGUUCCGUUUGUGCCCUUUAGCUUCAAAUUGCUGCUUGAGGAGGAGCCUGUAGACUGA